AUGACGGACAAUCACCCGUCGCUCGCCAUGGCGCCCGACGCGAGGCGGCUCGUCGAGUUCUUCUCCCGAUCCGUCACGUCUUUCCAGUCGUCCGGCGAGCCGAUGCGUAUCCUCUGCACGCUGCCGCACGCAAACGACGGUCAGCCAGCGUCCCGGCGUCCCGGGGCGGCGGCGACGGUGCAGAGGCUCAUCGUGCUGGACUCGAGCUUCAACCCGCCGACGCGGGCGCACGCGCAGAUGGCCCGCUCGGCCGUGCGGGAGGCCGUCGAGAGCGGCUCGAGGACGAGGCUGAUGCUCCUGCUCGCCGUGAACAACGCCGACAAGGCGCCGAAGCCGGCGUCGUUUCCGCUGCGACUGUGCAUGAUGGACGCCUUUGCGACGACCCUGCUGCAGGGGCCGGACGAUGCCGGCUCCAACGUCGACGGCGGGCUGGAGAUUGACCUCGCGGUGACGACGCGGCCGUACUUUCACGACAAGGCCCGCGCCGUCGCCGCCACGGGCUUCUACGACGGCGAAGACGGCGAGGGGCGGCCGCGGCAGGUGUUUCUGGCGGGCUUCGACACGCUCGUUCGAAUAUUCGACGCCAAGUAUUACGCCUCGGAGCACGACGGCCGUGCCGGUGGGCGUGCCGGUGGGCGUGCCGCGUCAGGCAUGCAGGCCGCGUUGGGGCCGUUCUUCGACCUCGCGAGCCUACGCAUCACGACGAGACCGGACGACUCGUGGGGAGGGCUCGCGCAGCAGCACGCGUACGUGCGUCAGCUCGCCCGCCGCUUGGAGGACGCCGGCGGCCGAGCGGCGUGGGCGAGCAGGGUCGAGCUCGUCGAUGGCCACGCCGACGCGGACGAGGCAGGCUCCGGCGGCAACACGGGCGCGAGGGCGGCAACGGGCAUCAGCAGUUCGCAGGUGAGAGCGUUGGUACGGCUGGGCAGCGGCGAGGAGGAGCUGGACGGCUUGGUCGAUGGCGAGGUGAGGAGGUGGAUCGAGCUCGAGGGGCUGUAUCGAGAGGGAGAGGGUGAUGGCACGUGA